CUUGUGCUCAACCGCGGCGAGGAGCUGCCCAGGUCUGGUCCGCUUGCUCCACUGGGGGUGACACCUUGAAUUGCAGUGAGCUGGACUGUUAGGCGAAAAAGGGCAACGGCUACUUUGCGGAUACAUCUUUAGGGCAGUGUCGGGAAGGUGCAGGGGGGAAUCUCUUUAAAAUCCAACGGAGCGAUGGACUGAGCGUCUGGAGAGCAGCACUCCGAGCAGAAGAAUUCAAACACCCGGCGAAGUGUUGAGAGCGCUGCAGAACACAAGGCUGUGGACGGAGUGCUCGAGAUGUCAGUGCCGGUAUUCUGUAAAAUAUUUGACUGUCUCCAGGCCCCAGCGUUGGAGAAUGUGCUCGCCAAGGCCCUCUAUGACAAUGUGGCAGAGUCUCCUGAUGAACUCUCCUUCCGCAAGGGGGAUAUCAUGACAGUCCUGGAGAGGGACACACAGGGUCUGGAUGGCUGGUGGCUGUGCUCUUUACACGGCCGUCAAGGUAUCGUGCCAGGAAAUCGUCUCAAGAUCAUUGUUGGAAUGUAUGACAAGAAGCAACCUAACAUGGGUGGCAGCCCUCAGUCCACAGCUCUGGCACAACCACCAUUGACUCCUCCAGUGUACCCCAAGCAAAGUGUCUACAAUAUGCCUUCCCCUUCAUCCCAAUACACUGCAAUGCAUCCAGCUUUCCCGAACCAAGGAGACAACAUCUACAUGAUGCCACCGUCUCACAGCAAAGUCCAGCAGAACCUCUAUCAGAUUCCAGUCAGUGUUCAGCACCAGUACCAGCCAAGCCAGGGAAACCCGCCACUUCUCCUACAAAAGCAGACUGGAGGGCAGACAUACCAGAGCCAGCUCCAUGAUGUUUAUCAGGUUCCUCCAUCCUCUAAGAGCCCGCCUCAGGACAUUUAUCAAGUGCCGCCGUCCGUGGCUGGCCCCGGACAGGAAAUAUAUCAAGUCCCACCAUCUAUGAAUCCAAAUCAAGAAGUGUAUCAGAUUCCACCAUCUCUAGACAAGAGGAGUCGAGACUCACCCAAACUGCCAGGAAAGGUGGUGGUGCCAACUCGGAUGGGCCAGAUUUAUGUGUAUGACACUCCCAAGACAGAACAAGAUGAGUACGAUGUGCCUCGCCAUCUUGCCCCUUCACAGGAGAUCUAUGACGUGCCUCCCAACAGGGGAGGACCUACAAUCCCGUACGGUCAAGAGGUUUAUGACACCCCACCGAUGGCAGUCAAGGGACCAUUGAACCAAGAUGUAUACGAUGUCCCUCCAGUCAUUGAAAAAGGCUUGCAGAACCAGAUUCACCCUGCACACAUGGUGUACGAUAUCCCUCCAUCUGUCAGCAGAGAUCUACCAGACGGCCCUCUCAGAGAAGAGACCUAUGAUGUGCCUCCCACGCUGAUGAAACUGAGAAAGAGCCCUGAGAACAAACAUUAUGUUUCCCAAGUUCUUCCUAUGUCCACUGCUGGACUAGAGCAGCAUUGUCCAGAGGAUGUUUAUGAUGUGCCCCCACCCACUUCAAAGGCCCAAGAUAUAUAUGACAUCCCAGCUACUCUGAGAAAGACGACCAACCCACAGUCUUUGCAAGACGUUUAUGACAUCCCACGAGAGCACCAAGGUAUGGCAAUAGGAAUCAAGCAGGAUUUAAGUGAGGACUCCAGUGAUAAUGUAUACGAUGUCCCACCACAAGUGGUAAGGGACGCCACUACAACAGAUGAGCUGAGCAUCAGCUUUAAAAGGCUAUCGGCAUCCAGCACAGGCAGCACCAGAAGCAACUUGUCCACUUCUUCUCUGGAUGUUAUUCCCGUGAAAGAAUCUUCUAUCACCAAAACCCCAGGGAAAGAACUAAACUUGGACUUGGACGUUGCAAUGGAGAUGCUAGUCAAACUGCAACAUAGUGUGGAGAGCUCAGUUUCUUACCUCAUGUCAUUUAUUAGCAGUAGCUGGAGGACACCGGAACAGAUGGAAACCAGCCUGCAAAACAUAAAGACGGCAGUGGAGAAGGUCAAAAAUUCUGUGAAGGACCUCCUUGAGUUUGCCCGUGGAGCUGUGAAUAAUGCUGGCCAAGCCAGUGAUCGCACAUUGCAAGCAAAGUUGGGCAAACAAGUACAGAAAAUGGACGAGAGUUAUCAGGGGUUGCUAAAGUACAGUCAAGCUUUGGACAACUCCAACUGGGUUCUUAGUACAUCGACAUCGGGCAAGCCUUGUGCAGGGGAUGACCUGGAUCGCUUUGUGAUGUGCUCCCGAGGUAUUCCCGAUGACACCAAACAGCUGGCCUCCUUUCUUCAUGGCAAUGCCUCUUUGCUAUUUAAACGGACAAAGCAGCAGGCAACUCAUGGGGAUUCCAGGCUUACAAUCUCACUGGAAACCAUGAGUCAAGUUACCAACAACAACAACAUCUCAGCCUACCAAACCGGGCUGCCUGAAAAAGCCAACAUCCAGUCAAGGCCUUUGCCCUCACCACCCAAGUUUAUGAAUGAGGACUCUCCAGACAGCCAGUACGAGAAUACAGAAAGUGGCUGGAUGGAGGAUUACGACUAUGUCCAUUUGCAGGGCAAAGAGGAGUUUGAAAAGAAUCAGAAGCAGCUUCUGGAAAAGGGAAACAUCAUGAAGCAGAACAAGUCUCUUUUGGAGCAGCAGCAGCUGAAGCAGUUUGAGCGUCUGGAGCAGGAGGUGAGCCAGCCAAUUGACAACGACAUGUCCAACUGGACGCCACCCACACACUAUGCUCAGGUGCGGAGUAGGCUGACCCCCAGCGACCGGCAACUGCUUCUCUUUUACGCUGAGCAGUGUGAAGCCAACAUCACUACACUGACCAAUGCCAUUGAUGCUUUCUACUCGUCCAUCAACAACAACCAGCCCCCCAAGAUUUUUGUGGCCCAUAGCAAGUUUGUCAUCCUUAGCGCUCACAAGCUGGUAUUCAUUGGAGAUACGCUGUCCCGGCAAGCUAAGGCCCCUGAAAUCCGUAACAAGGUCACACAGCACAGCAAUCUCCUCUGUGAAAUGCUAAAGGAAAUUGUGGUGACUACUAAGACUGCUGCUCUGCAGUACCCAUCAGCCACUGCAGCCAAAGACAUGAUGGACCGAGUGAGGGACCUUGCAAACUCCACGCAACAGUUCAAAAUGGUGCUGAGCCAGUUGGCUGCCAUGUGAUCAGAAACAAAGGCACUAAUUGAGUUUUUAUUAAAAAAGACAAUCGCUUCGGACUGGGAAAGGCGCCAAGUUGUAAAUGAAUCUUAUAUAUAUUUAAAUCUAGGGAAGCAAAAGAAAAACUACGGUAUACAUGAAUUUCAGGAAAAAGUGUAGUUUUUAGAUUGUAUUGAUUAUUACAAUAAUAAUUAUUAUCAGGAAGUAAUCAAAGGGUGUUUAAAUUCAAACACAUGUAUGUAGAACUCCUCUUCUUGUUUUCUUCUUGGAUGAAAAUUAAGGUUUUUAAAAAACUGUCCUGUAAUAUGAUAUAAAAAAUGAAAA